GUAAUUCUUUGUAGCAGGCGGGCCGUAAGGAUUACGAAAAAUGAGGUUUGGUUCUUGGUUUUUUGCUUCAGCUUGAUUUUAUACAGUUCUCCAGAUAGGAUGGAAAUAAAGAAGACAAAGUCAAAACUAGCAGAUCUGGCUAAAGAGAUUGCAUCAUGGGAAGAUGACUUGAGACGCAUUCCCUUACAUAAAGAACCAGAGAAAUCUAUUAGAAAUUCAGCUGUCAAGUUUAACAGAGAUAGCCUAGCUGACCACCACAAUCUACCCGUCUUUGCAAGGAAGGCUCGAUGGGAGCGUCUAAUGAAUGAUGGCUCACGUCACACUGAACAUGCUGUAGUUGGUGAUACAAAUAAAGCUCCUUCAUUAAUUCAACAAUCUGUGGCACCCAAAAUCCAAUCAGGUCAGGGUACUAGAGAAAAAUUCCUUACUUCUGUCACGUGUACCAAGGCUGACGUCCCCAGGGGAAGUUUAAGUCAUGCUGAGAGAGAAAGGCUUGAGCGAAUGCGAGAGCUGGCUGAAUUACGCCGAUCCCGUCGACCAGUUAUACCAACUCCUAAUUUAGGUUCAGUAUCUUCUGCAGACCCUCAUGAUUUAGAACCGGAAAAAGUUUCAUCCAGUUUUGUUUCAAGACAGGAGGAUGAUUUCUUGUUACCACCCCCUCCAUCACCCCCAAAUAUUUCGGCAAUUGAGAACCCACUAGUUACUUCGCCCCGCGGUACUCCCUGCGACAACUGUCAGCCUGUUUUAACGGAAGUUGUAAUGUGUGAUGAUGCUACUGUCCCGCAUCCCAGUCCUCCAAAGGAUAUUGGACUUGAUGAAGCUAAUUCUUCAAGCAGCAACACUUUCAUCAGUAAUACACAAUCUCCAAAUAUUCAUAAUGUCAAUUCAACGAAUGUAAAUCAAACAGAGUUGGAAGAAAUUAUACAACCAACUGUAUCAACAACUCCAACCAUUGCACAUCCCUAUUAUUCACGUCCUAAAAUUGGUGUUAAGCGUCGAUCAUCAUUUUCGGAAAGCUCAGUUGAUACCUUCCAUCAAAUUAUUCCGAGACAAAAAUCAGUCACAUUUCAAAGGACCACUUCUGAUAUUACAGAUGAAAGUGAAACUGACUUCAACUAUGAUGAUGAUGAAGAUUGUCCAACAUCUUCAGAGUUUUCCAGUCAAUAUGAAUAUUUACCAGAACGGGAAAAACAUGGGGAUAAAAUAACACAAAAAAUGGAUUCCGAAAGCGUUGGUGAUUCUGAGUUGUCUGAUUUUUUGGAUACUAUAAUUCCAAGUGAUGAAUUAAAUAAUGAAUUAUCCAGUUUAUCUUCACAAGAUCAAAGUAAUAAUAAAGAGAAUCAUCCUGAUCAUCGUUAUCAUCAACCAUAUUUUUCAAAAGAUGAUAGCGAUUUAUUGAUUAAUAACCAUAUAUCUCCAGUUCUACCACUAUCCGAGGCUGAACGACGUAUUCGAAGAUUGAAUGACUUACCAAAAUUGAUACAAGCAGAACGUGUAGUUAUUUUACAGGCCAGUGCAGCACUACAACAGUGUGUCAGUAUUCCUUUUCGUAAAAGUCCUGAAGACUUUGACAGAAUACGUGAAUUGGGUCCAGGUUCUCGAGUUCAUGUAGAAGCUAGCAGAACGAUGCUGAUAGCUUGUCAGCGUCGUCAAGUAUUAAUGGAAGAACUUGCAUUAUUGCAUAGAGGCUCUCCAGUUCUUGUACCACCUACACGUGGUGAUCCUAUACGUGCUCGUAUGAAACUAAACGCUAUUCGUUUAUCUCUUAAAACAUCUAACAUACCGAAUGAUCCUACAAGUGGAGGUGGCUAUGUUGUUGUUGGUACUGGACGAGAAGCUGGUGGUUGGAAUGUUCCUACUUUAAAAUCUCGUCCUGACAAUCAAUUAGGCCAACCGACAUGUUAUCAUUUAAUUGGUGUUAUAAAAUGCCGUGGUGAAGGUCGGUUGUAUCAUAGUGAUCUAGUUACCUUAAUGCAUGUGAGCGACUUACCUGUGGGAAUGUACCGACCUGCUCCUUAUGUAGAUUUGCCGGCAAAGCUAGAGAUUGUACCAGUUAGACCAGAUUUUGUAUUUCAAUUAGAAAUUUACUGUAUGCGUACUGGAACAGAUAGACCUAUGAAUAAUUGUGCAUAUGGUUCACCUCGUAUACUUGGAACAUCAUUAGUUUAUGGCGAUGAUAUUAGUAAUGAUAAUGAUAGUAUGAAUAGUUUUAAAACUCCACAGAAUAAAUUAUUACAUUUAAAGAAUUCGACAUCACCUGUUACUUCCUCAAAUCAUAAGAAAUCACGAUAUGGUCAUACUUCCAAUAUUGAGUUGACUCCUUGUGAAUCAGCAAGUCAUAUUUUAACUCAUUGUCUACCGUCAAGUUACUUUAAAACUACACCACAUAGUAAAACUUAUGAUAUUGAUCAUGGAAACAAUAUUGGACGUGACAAAAUUGCUGCUUUCUCCCUACUUUCCACUGUUGAAAUUCUUUAUCAUGAUGACUUAUUGGUUGGUUACGUUUAUCCUUCAAUGCAUGAUAAAUCUCAUCCCAAUUCUACUUCUUGUUCAAGUGUUUCUAUCAAUAAAACUGAAUUGAAUUCUAAUCGUUUACCUCUACGUUUAUUACAUUUACCUCGUUCUACUCCACUAGCUGGAACUGCUGGUCUUGUUGAUGCUUUUGUUAGUUUGGAAGCAAGAGUAUUAGCUCGUGGUUUUAUGACUGUUUUCGAAGAGAUUGGUGGAAUGGGUGUAUGGCAAAGGUAUUGGUGUCAGCUACGAGCUGAUUAUCUACAUUUUUGGCGAUAUCCAGAAGAUGAACAACGAGCACAUUCUAACAAUGCAGUUAAUAACAAACAUUUACACCCACCAUUGGGUAGAAUCGAUUUACGGCAUAUUGUUACACCUGGUGCUGUUAUAGCACCUCGUUCUAUUUGUGCUCGUGCAAAUACAAUUUAUAUGCGAUCUCUUCGUGAAAUCGAUCCCAAUUGUUUAUCAGCUUCUAUCAAUAAUAAUAAUAAUACUAAUAGUAAUAGCACUACAUCUGGGAUUGUUAAUAAAAAGAGGAGUUCAAAUGAAAGUCUGAUAUUCCGUGCUUCUACUGAUUAUAGAUGGUUGGAACAAAAACAUUUACUUUGUGCUGAUACAUCACAAGAACGUGAUGCUUGGAUUACAUGGUUAAAUGGUUGUAUAGAAUCUUUGAAAGAUUGGAUGCCAGGACAUUUCAAUUGUUUAUCUCGUUAUGAUGCUCAAUUAGAAUUUAAUCAACCAGUAUCAUCUCAACUGGGUGCUUUGUUAAUUCACGGUUUACCAUCACAAUCAUCAUCAUCGUCAUCUUCACCGGUAUUAACCAAAUAAACAUUGUGUGACAAUAAUACAUAAAUUUAAAAGUGUUAUCGCCACAUGUGCUAUUUUUCUCUCUUUUUUUUCUCUUCAUUAAUCUAUUGUGUUGUACACGCAAAGCUGAUUGUUUCAAUACAUCAUUUUUAUUCUCUAAAUUUAAUUAAAGAAAAAGUUCCUAAUAUACUUAAUGUACUCUCUCUUUUAUUUCAAGUACAUACCCCAUUUUAAAUUGAUUUCUCUUUGUAUAUACAUACAUAUAUAUAUAUAAAUCUGUCUAUUCGUUGCUUCUCUUCCUGAUUUACAUUGUCAACAGUAAUGAAAGUAGUUUAAUUGAACUAUUGUUUAAAAGAUAGUCUUCUUUUUUUCUUCUUCUCUCUGUUCAUUAUUAGUGCUUUAUUUCAUCUUGCCUAUUUUCUAUUUCUACACUUAACAUUUCUCUAUAUAACAUUCAUUUCUAUAACAUUUAUAUGUUGUGUCUUGUUUUUAUUGACAAAUAUAUACAAUAAUAUAG